AUGUCGACAAGGAAGGUGAAGGAAAUACCUAAGAGUAGAAAGAAAAUGAAUAACUCACCAAUUCAUCUUGGAACACCUAGCCUGAGCAGUGAUGCUGAAGAUUGGAUGAAAUAUGGUGCGACGCUUGGUGUUUUAGAUGACUUCAAGAAGGAUGAAAUGCAUGACAGAGCGAAAGGAGAAAAUGAGGCGAGCAAUCAUUCUGAAUCAGGAGAGGAAAUUAAUUGUGGGCAGCGAGAAAGCAAAGGUGAACGGAGUGUUGAGUUUUCAGAGCAUGGAGAAGACAAUUAUAGGGAGGUAGACAGAGAAAGUAUGCCCCCAUGUGGUCAGAGUAACGUGGUCAGGCUUGUACCGUUGGAUGAGGUAGUAUGUCCACGUGAGCGUGUGGAUGUGGAUGAUGUGAUUGAGCCAGGUCCCCCUUUAUUUGCUGAUGAGGAAGAGAAACUCCACAACUAUCUCGUGGAUGUAGGGACAUAG